UUUCACCAGUGUCCACACUCGCAUCCUCACGCCAAAAGCAUUUGCUGGAUUCUAUACCUUGCUUGUGACGAUACACAAGCUCUAGCACUCACAGGCGCAGAGAAACAAAGAGAAGAAGACCAUGGUAAAGGAUCGGAAAAUCGGUGUCGCCCUCGACUUCUCCAGAAGCAGCAAGAACGCUCUUAAAUGGGCUCUGGACAAUUUGGCCGAUAAGGGCGACACCUUUUACAUCAUCCACAUCAAUCCCAAUUCCCUCGAUGAGUCCCGUAACCAGCUUUGGGCUCAAUCCGGUUCUCCUCUUAUUCCUUUGACUGAGUUCAGAGAGCCAGAGAUUAUGAAGAAGUAUGGUGUUCAGACUGAUAUUGAGGUUCUUGAUUUGCUUGACACUGGUGCUAGACAGAAAGAGGUGAACAUUGUGACAAAAAUAUACUGGGGUGAUGCGAGGGAGAAACUUCUGGAUGCCAUUGAAGAUCUGAAGUUGGAUUCGCUGGUCAUGGGAAGCAGGGGCCUUAGCACUCUCAGAAGGAUUAUAUUGGGAAGUGUCAGCAACUUUGUGAUGACUCAUGCUCCUUGCCCGGUGACCAUCGUGAAGGAUUCAAGCAGUAGCAACUAGUCCUGAUGAUGAGAUUAUCUGGAACAGUUUGAAACCUAUUAAAUCAUAUUCUAUCAUGUUGGUUAUGUUGAGAUUAUCUGUCUACCCUAGACUCUUUUUUAAAGAAUAAUGUAAUUCGAGUGCUUCUUUCUUCAAGGAUAAAAAUCUGUCCAUGUAAUGUUUGAAGUGUUUUAUGUUUAGUCGGUGUCUUGGCAGAAAUCCUAGAAAGAGGCGUAAAGUAACAAGUGAAUAUGAUGUCUGGUGUGGCCCUAUUUUGCCUUUCAAAAGAGGGAAGUUUCAGACUUUGGGAAGGGGUUGCCGUGGCUAUAAUCAAAGAGAAGAGGGAUAGAAGCACAAAUUGAUGCCUUUUGCUUUUUCCUUGUCUUUUUACGAAUGAUUCUGCCCAACAAAACCUUGCUCAGCUGAAUUCGAGUUCUCCUUAAUACUA